AUGCAAGGUAAACACACCGAAACAAAAAAAAAAAAAAAAAAAAAAAAAAUCACUAUAAAAAAGGCAACAGAAAAGACAAAUAACCCAAGAAACAGUAUCACCAAAAGAGCAAACAUUAAAAUGAGUCGUCGAAGCAAUGAUCCUACAAAGUCCCUUAGAUUUCUCCAGAUUUCUAAGUUGAUGCGUACUUUUAAGCCGGUUACUGUUAACGGUUCUCCAGCACGUUCCAUUAUCAAGGAGGUCAAGGAUAAAGAAACAGCUGAACCUGAUUAUUUCAAAUGUUACAAGAACCAUGCCCGUUUGUCCUACUUGCAAAAAUACUUGUUAGAAUUUAUAAAGCACCAACCUGAUGCAUCAAUAUACUUGUCCCUUAUAAUCAAACCAUCAGAUCCAGAGUUUCCGUAUGAUUUGGAAAAAUUGAAAAUCAACCUCACUAUUCCUAGUAAAUUCCCUGAAGAAAAAUCACAAAGACCUCGAAUUGUUGUUUUGAACGAUGAAAUUCCUAGAGGAUUUGCUGUUAAUAUAGAAAUUGGAUUUGGAAGAAUAGUCGAUAUUGCACAGGGUAUCAUAAAGGAUAACGAAAUUGAAUUGGUUGAUGGGAUAGGGUUGACUUCAAUGAUCUUGACUUUGGAUAAAUAUUUAGAAUUAUUUUUAAAACAGGAAAAGAAAGAUACAAUCAAAUUUGUCAAAACCAAAAAGAAACCAGAAAAGUCAAAACCACAACAACAAACACCAAAGACGAAACCAAAACCAAAGGCUGAGUUGAAACAGCAACAACAAGAGAAACCAAAACCUCGUAUUACUCCGCAGAUGAGAGAGUACAGAAAGAAAUUAAUUGAUGAAAUGUGUUUCAAGUUAGAAGACUCAGUCCGCUUGUUUAGAGAUGAAAAUUAUAAAGUUACAAUUCCCGUCUUACAAAAAUCAGUUCCAGACCUUUGGAAAAAAAAUGGAAGCAUUGAUCUUAUGUUGCAUAUUCCAGAAAGCUACCCUGUACUUCCCUUGAAUGUAACUUUCAAAAAUAAUUUCAAUGAAAAUCUUGUUGUUCGGUUAUGUAAACAAGAUCAAUUUGAGAUGGUAAAAAUUAUCAAAACGUACAAGGCAUAUGAAAGAAACAUAAGUGCAAAUGUCAGAGAAUAUGAUUUUGGUAGUGAUAGUCUACUUGUGAUACUUAAUUGGUUGACUAAUAAUCUAGAUAAGUUCAUCAAAGAUCAAGAUCUGUUCAAAGAGCAAGUCAGUCUUUCAAAAAGCAUACCAGCAUGUUAA